CUAUAAGCACAGAAUAGCCAUCAAAACUGGCCAAUCUGAUUCGCUUAUUUUGAAAGAGAGGCAAAUCUGCAAAAUUGGAAUUUAAACUUUCGCGCAAUAAAAAAAAUAAUAAACCUUGCUUAAUAACAACAGCGGUAGUGAUUCUAAAAAAAAUGAAUUCAACAUUCCCUAUUUUAUUUAAUUCAAAGUUAAUUUUUGAAGAUAAAAAUGUUAUUCAAUUGCGAGCAUCAAUUAAAUCAGAAGAUGAAGCGAACCAAUGGGUAGAAGAAUAUGGACAUAAAACGCACACUAGAUGGCUAAAGUCAUACAAGCUGAAUGAACCUACAAGGCUUGUGGCACAUAGAAAAUAUCAAUGUCAACAUUCAAAACUAAAUAAAGAAAUUAAAUCAAGGAAAAAUACAUACUGUGUAGCUGAAAUUGAUAUCAAAAUCAAAAAAGUAAAUGCAAAUACUAAGAAAAAUGAUCAAUAUCUAAAAGAAGAACCUUCCCUUAGUGGAGUUAUAGUAGUUCAUAAAAACCAUAACCAUAACAUUGAAUGUGCAGAUUCGAUGAAAUACUUACCAGUGUCAUCAGUUACAAAAAAACAUUUUUAUAACUAUUUUAACAGUGGAUUAAGUCCAGCUCAAGCAAAACGUAUACACACAGAUAACUUUAUUUAUCAUGAAAAUGGCUCCUUUCUUUUGGCAGAUGCCUCACUUAAUCCUUCGUCACGAGCGUUGGUGACAGUUAUUGAAGAAGAUCUGAAAUGGUCUGUACUAGUGUUCACUGAAGUGAUGCAAAGGAAUCAACUAAGAAAAUCUUCUUCCGAAAUUGUGUUUGUAGAUACUACCUCAUCUUGUGAUAUCUCACAAACAAAUGUUACAAUUGUGUCUACAUCAAGUUCCGCAGGAUGUAUCCCUGUUGCUAUUCUAUUUCAUGCUAAUAAAACUGAAGAGAAUUAUGAGCAAGCAUUCAAACUUCUUACAUUAGAAUGCCCAAGAUGUUUUGGAGGAUCUGAGGAGCCCCAAGUUUUUAUGCUGGAUGACUCAAGUGAAGAAUAA